UUAUCUGGGCUGUUUCCUCCCUGGGGACACCAGCUCCCAGGCAAGAGAACUUGGCAGGCUCUCCACAUGGCGGUCUUAUUCCUCCUCCUUCUGCUCCUCUGUGGGGCCCCCCAUGCUGCUGCAGACAACAUCCUGGCCAUCCACGUGGUCUUGGGGGAGGCCGUGGAGCUGCCAUGUCCCUCACCACCCACCCUGCAUGGGGACGAACUCCUGUCCUGGUUCCACAGCCCUGCAGCAGGCUCCCCCACUGUCCUGGUGGCCCAAGUCCAGGUGGCCAGGCCAGCCGCAGAGCCUGGAAAGCCUGGAAGGGAAUCCAGGCUCAAGCUUCUGGGAAACUACUCUUUGUGGCUGGAAGGGUCCAAGGAAGGAGACGCCGGGCGAUACUGGUGCGCUGUACUGGGUCAGCGCCACAAGUACCAGAACUGGAGGGUGUAUGAUGUCUCCGUGCUUAGAGGAUCCCAGCUAUCUGCAAAGGCUGCAGAUGGAUCCCUCUGCUCUGUCCUCCUGUGCUCUGUGGUCCCCCCCAGACGCCUGGACUCUGUGACCUGGCUGGAGGGGAAGGGUCCUGUGAGGGGCCGGGUACAGUCCUUCUGGAACAAUGGGGCUGCCCUGCUCUUGGUGUGUCCUGGAGAGGGGCUUCCUGAGCCUAAGGGUCGUAGACCAAGGAUCAUCCGCUGUGUCAUGCCUCAGAACAAAGGGGUCAGCUUUAGCCUGGCAGCCUCCAUGGAUGCCUCCCCGGCCCUCUGUGCCCCUUCCACAGGCUGGGAUGUGCCCUGGAUCUUGACGCUGUUGCUCGCAGCGGGCCAGGGGGUCACCAUCUUGGUCCUUAGCGUCAUGCUCUGGAGGCGGAGGAUCCACGGGGCUCAGUGCAGAGAUGCCUCGAUUCCUCAGUUCAAACCUGAAAUCCAGGUCUAUGAAAACAUCCAUUUGGCCCGACUCAGCCCACCUGCCCCCAGGACCAGAUGGUCUCCAUGACAUCUGCUGGGAAGUGACCUGCUGUCUCCUUGGCCAUCUGGCGCCCGAAGGAUUCCCUGAAAACCUUGGCAAGGGGGGAGGGGCUGGGAGUGUCACUUCACAGUCCAACUGGUCUCUUGCAGCCAAGCUGUGUGUGUGUUGGGGGGGGCGGUGCUGAAGGAAAGGCGAAGCAUUUCUUGAUGUCACCUACAAAAAAGGUGUGGUCUCCUGUCUUGUAGCAGCCAGUGGAGGGCAGCCCUGAGCCUGCAGUAUUAUGGGGUUGUGGGGAGCCUGGCAUAGCUGACGGUGAAGAGGGGUGGGGAUGGGCAGCGAGGAGACAGAGAAAUCCAAGAACUUGAGCCGUGGUGGAGAAUCUAGCAUGGAGGAACCAGAGACAAAUGGGGGAAGCUGAAGCCCAGACAAGGGAAGAGACUCAAGUCAGCGUAAAGGCUGAGAUGUUCAGAGAGACAGAGAAAAGCAGAAGCACGGAACAGGAGGAUUGAGGGACAGAGUGAGUAGAAAGAAAACUCAAGGUGCCUCUAAAUUAAGCCAGCCCCCCAUCCUCACAAAGAAGAGAAGCUGAGAGAUAGCAAGCACCUUUAAUCAGACCCCAGACUUCCUCAGAUGGAAGAGAAGGGAACUGAGUCAGUAUGGGGGUGCCCAUGGUUGGCCCCCACACCCGUCGCCCUCCUUAUCCCAGGCACUCCAUUCUGGCAUCC